AUGAUCAAAGCUAUAUUAAUCAUUAAUAAUCAUGGUAAACCAAGAUUAACUAAAUUUUACGAAAACUAUAGCAUUGAUAAACAACAACAAAUCAUUAGAGACUUAUUCUUGUUGGUUUCAAAGAGACCAGAGCGUGCAUGUAACUUUUUAGAGGUAGACGAUGUCUUUGCAGACAAAGACACAAAGAUCAUAUACAGACAUUAUGCAACUCUAUACUUUAUAUUUUGUGUUGAUUCAAAUGAGAGUGAAUUAUCAAUGAUCGAUCUCAUUCAAACUUUUGUUGAAACUUUAGACAAGUGUUUUGAAAAUGUUUGCGAAUUAGAUUUAAUCUUCCAUAUUGACAGAGUACACUAUAUAUUAGAUGAAAUAGUGAUGGGUGGAUUGGUGUUGGAGACGAAUCCAGCCAUAGUAGUCUCCAACUAUGAGAUGGCAAACAAAUUAGAAAAGUCUGAAAACCCUUUGAUGGCUGGCUUCCAAGGUGUAAUUCAAUCAAUUAAACCAAAAUAA